UCCGCGUGUGUUUGGGCGGGAAAUGACCUGCAGAUUGUCUUGCUUUUUCCGCUGAAAGCUGUGAGUUCCUGUCGAGGAAACCCACUCUUGUAUUAUUAUUAUCAAAGAGGACGAAGACAUUCGCAAAGUAUGAACAUAUAUUUUUGUGGAAGCAUCCGCGGAGGGAGACAAGACGUGAAUAUUUACCAGAGAAUAGUGAAGAAGUUGCAGCAGUAUGGCACGGUUUUGACGGAGCACGUGAGCUCUGGCAGUCUGUCUGAAAAAGGUGAAGAUGGAGAUCAAGCCAUUCAUGAUCGAGAUAUGGAGUGGCUGAUGAUGUCUGAUGUGAUAGUAGCUGAGGUGACACAGCCGUCUUUAGGAGUCGGUUAUGAGCUCGGCCGAGCUGUGGCACUCAACAAAAGGGUUUUCUGUCUCUUCAGACCUUCUUCUGGAAAAGUGCUGUCUGCCAUGAUCAGAGGAGCAUCCACAAACUCGCUCUUCCAAGUCCAGGACUACACCGAGGAUGAAGUCGAGAGUAUCUUGGAGAAAUAUUUUGAUACUAUCGCCAAGAAUUGAUGAGCACAUUUCAGCAAAUCAUAACAGAUAAGCGCCACUUCUAUAUGCUUCUCCUCUCAUUUUAGAAAGUCAGUAGGACUGUCUUCCAUUGGUGGGCAUUUUAUAUUACAUUUUCAGUGAAAAUGUAAAUUAAGCGGUGUAUUGUUACUUACAUGUGAAUAAAUCUUUUUCAGCUAAACAUUGGUGUUACACUGGGUAAUAUAC